CUUUUGUGUAAACAUUUUCAGAAGAAAAAAAAGAAGAGAAGAAACCUUUGAACUCUCUGCGUGAGACUCACCAGAAACACAGGGAGAGUACAAUCUCGUUGUACUCACAAACACUGAAACAUAUAUAUAUAUAUAUAUAUAUAUAUAUAUAUAUACACACACACAAGCUGGUUUUCAUGUCCAUGGCUGGUAGUACUGAGCAAGGUGACAGAUGCUCCUCCAUCAUCACCAUACCCCUUUUGGAAGAUGAAAGAGUGCACCGAUUGAACGGCUCAGAUGAGGUGUUGGAUGCCAAAACUUGGGAUCUGCACACAUCUCAUGAGGGUAACACCUCCUUUUUCAAGACCUGCUUCAAUCUCAUUAAUGCCCUCUCAGGGGUUGGUAUUAUCUCGAUGCCUUAUGCUCUGGCAUCUGGUGGAUGGUUAAGCAUAUCACUACUAUUUGUGAUAGCCAUUGCUUGUUGUUACACUGGGAUGUUGGUGAAAAGAUGCAUGGACAUGGACCCUGAUAUCAGAACCUUCCCUGACAUAGGUCAACGUGCAUUUGGAUACAAGGGGAGGCUAAUGGUAUCGAUCGCCAUGAAUUCUGAGCUCUAUCUGGUUGUAACAGGCUUUCUGAUAUUAGAGGGUGACAAUCUUAACAAAUUAGUACCAAAUAUCCAAGUUAACCUUGCAGGGGUUACAAUUGGUGGUGCAACAAUUUUUACCAUAGUUGCUGCCCUUGUUAUUCUUCCCAGUCUUCUGUUAGAGGAUUUGAGCAUGCUGUCUUAUGUGUCUGCAAGUGGGGCUUUGGCUUCUUCCAUCUUCCUCCUCUCUCUGUUUUGGAAUGGUACCAUUGAUGGCACUGGAUUUCAUGCAAAGGGAAAACUCUUCAGAUUCACCGGAAUACCUGCUGCUGCCAGUUUAUAUGCCUUCUGUUAUAGUGCACAUCCUAUUCUUCCCACUCUCUACAAUUCCAUGAGAGACAAAACUCAGUUCUCCAAGGUUCUGUCUACGUGCUUUUCGGUAUGCACUCUUGGUUAUGCAGCAGCAGGUGUUUUGGGGUACCUAAUGUUUGGAGAAGAGGUUGAAUCACAGGUGACAUUGAACCUACCAACAAGCAAGUUCAGUUCACAUGUGGCAAUAUUCACGACCUUGGUGAAUCCUAUAACGAAGUAUGCAUUGAUGCUUACCCCAGUAAUAAAUGCUGUGAAAAACAAGAUUUCAUGGCACUGCAACAAAAGAUUCACACACACAUUUGUUAGCACCUCCAUUCUCGUAAGCUCUCUAAUUGUAGCUGUGGCCAUACCAAUGUUUGGAUAUCUGAUGUCACUGAUUGGGGCAUUGCUAAGUGUGUCAGCUUCAAUUUUAGUACCAUCAGUGUGCUACUUGAAGAUUUCAGGAGCAUACAAGACGUUUGGCUCUGAAAUGAUCAUCAACUAUUCGAUAAUAGUAUUGGGGGUUACUAUUGCUGUUGUCGGUACUUAUACAUCUCUUGUAGAUAUAGUUCAUAACUUGUAAGUGUUAAUGGAUUGGAUGGUUCGUUUUCCAAGCUGCUUUAUUUCUUUCUAUUUGAGUGUGUAAAGAUGUGCUUUUGUCAAUACUUAGAAAACUUGUCUGCACAUUUUUGAGUCAUAAUCUUUGUCGGAUGCAUCUUCUUGUCAUUUGAACAUGUUUCAGAGAUUGUUUUUGUAAGCAGAGUGUGUUUUUCUGA